UGCUCACCUCCCACGCCUGACCGACCGAAAGUCCCUUCCGAAGAACGCCACAGCCAUAUUUUCAAUCAAUGUGCCGACACUGAAGGGAUCGCUUUCUACCUCUCCGGACCCGAUAGCCCACCGGGGGCGACGGGUGUACUCUUCACACGCGACCUGCGAAGUUCGAGCCGAAACACCCACGCAUUCACUGCACACCCCUCUCUGCAGAUCGCGACUGUUCUCCCAGCCCACUCCUCGCUCGCCCGCGGAGGCACGGCACUCGUAGGCGACGCACCUGCCAAUGGCUACUCUUGGGAACGGAGGUGCCGUCGGCAACGACAACCAGAACGGCUUCUCCGCUGCUGGCAACGACGACUCAAUACUCUCGAAGAUUCACAAAGCCCUCGAUGUCGUGUACAGCCCGUACUCGGAUAACCAGCAGCGGAAAGAUGCGCAGAUAUUCCUCGAAGAGGUCAAGCACAUGGCCGAUGCCCCCUCACACGGUUUCGACCUGGCGUCAGACAAAAAUCAGUCACCUGUCGUCCGCCACUACGCUCUGUCUCUGCUUGAACAUGCGAUCAAGCACCGGUGGGCUGAGUACGGCCCUUCGCAAGCGGAAGCUCUGCGCAACUGGGUGCUUCAGCUGUCUCAGCCAAUCUCUCGCGACGACCCUGCCUACCUGAGAAGCAAGAUCGCUGUGCUCUGGGUUGAGAUUGCGAAGCGGAGCUGGGCAUCAGAAUGGAUGGAUAUGGACUCACUCCUUGUUCGCUUGUGGGAAGUGCCCGAGUCUACAGUGCAUAAAGAGCUCGUGCUCGGCAUCCUCGAGAUGCUGUCGGACGAGAUCUUUAAUGGCGACGACACGGUCGUGGCGAUGCGCGAAGGCGUCCUUAGUAAGGCGUCCGUUGAAAUAUUUACGCCAGCUCGCGUACUGGUGGAAACGUUUCCCAACCGACAAGCUGGCCCAGAGGUCCGAUGCGGUGAAGAAGGCUGGUUGGCAAGGGUCACGCAACUGCUUGGACAGUGCCUCAAUGCGGACAUCCAGAACAACGAAGAGCUCAGAAGUUGCGCCGUGCGAGCUCUCGCCGUAGUGUAUUCUCUGAUGCCCUGGGUGAUACCAAAUGCGGUCACUGCAACUGGCUGCGUGCCUGUCAUGUGUGAGGCUCUUCGAGCACCCAAUGUGGUCGUGCAGAAAGCUGCCCUUGAGGCUCUGCAUGCGCUUUAUGGCCGAACCAGCUUUGUAGAUCAAGAGUUUCUCGACCUCGUGUAUCCGCUCUACGAUCCGAAAUACAUUGAGCUUUUCAGCCAGUUGUGCACGUGGGCUGUGGUUGACCCCGAAGACAUCGACGACGAUAAGUAUCAAUUCGCAAAGAAGCUCUCAGAGCUGAUCUCAUUCCUCGGUAACUACCUGGAUCGAAGACAGGCUGCCCUUCCACGGGAUUCGGACCGCCUCGACUUUAAGAGCUUCGUCCAUCUCCUGCUCCAGGUCACCCAAAGCCAGAGUCUUGUCGUUUCGAUCCCUGUGCUGGUAACAUGGACACGACUGCUGAAUAAUGCCAUGUUCGGGCCCGUGAUCGUGGGAGAAUACUCUUCGAUUGUAGGGUCGCUGCUCGAAGGCUGCAGCUCAAGACUCCUACGCUACGAGAGUUUACCCGAGGACACGCAAGACCCGACUUUCCUCUUUCUUAUCGAAGACACGGACACAGUACCUGAACGACAUGCUUUCUUAGGGAACUAUAGGCGUUACAGUUCCCAGAUCAUUGAGAGUAUCGUGCGACUUACUGUUACGAAUGCGCUGCAGCACAUCCUAUCACAGACUGACCGAGUCCUGCAACAUCUUUAUGAUGAUGCUCCAAGCUUCGAUAUGGCAAACUACAGCAAAUCGUCUCGCCCAGUCUUGCUCGUCGACGCGCAAGCCACUGUUAUCGAAGCUGCACUCAAAGGUGUAGUGAAAUGGAAAAGCAAAGCCAAAGCAGAGGAUGGCGCGCAACAGGAACAAAUCGACCAGGAACGGACAGCCAUUGAGGACCAUCUCGAGUCAUGGUGCAAUAACCUUCUCGCCCAAAGCUUCGAGGACCCCUUGAUUCGAAAGCGAGUACUACAGCUACUCGUUGCUUUCUCGACGACUGUUCUCGACAAGCGACCAGCUUUCGUGCUCCAGGUUCUCGAGCAUAUCCUUGUCACGUGGCCUGCCACUCGGCCAGAACAUCGCGUCUAUACAGAAGCGAUCAAAGAGCUGCAGACGGAAUCCCUCUCGGAGCUCCAGAGGCUGGCUAUGAACAUGCCAGAUCAUUUGCUAGCUGUGUAUGAUCAGAUCUCCGCCAAGGUUAACGAGAUGGUGGCAUCGGGCACCCUCGACGAAAAGCGACAAGUGACAUAUCAGACUUUCCUCUUCACAAUAGUGCAUCGAGCAUCACAGAUAGACGAAGCGACAAAGGUGCAGAAACUGCAAGCCUUCGUGGACCCGAUCAAGACGCAGUGGCAGGACGAACGCCUCAAAUCAGCACUUUCAAGCUACGGCGGAUUCUGUAGCAUGAUGGCAUUGGACAAGGCCCAGAAUUAUUUAGCACAAAGACAAGUGCAUAAGUAUCAAGACUGGGGUUCAGUGGAACUCGACGAUGAAGGCAGAGCUCUGCAAGAAGAAUUGGAGAAGGCUCAAGUGCACUUGCCACUUCGACCUACAAAGUCGUUCUUGACCUGCUCGGUCGACAAAAUCACGAAGUCCGAUGCCGCAUAUCCGGUGUCCUGCGCUUUGUGGCAAGAUGGAAUUCCUGCCAUACUCCCAGAACUGCUGAAGUUUCUCAAUCAUGCUCAUGCAGCCCACAACCCCGAAAACUGGACAGAGUUGCCUGCGGAGAUGAGAAGCAUUGUCACCCGCGUGCUGACGGAUCGCUUCUGGCAAGCAGGCAUCUCUGAGGGCACCAAAGAUGACUUCUAUGCUCGCGUAAUGGAGAAGAAGCACACGAUUGAGGGUUUGGCUUCGACAAUACGUGGUGCUGUCCGCUUCGUGCGCGAGACGUGCUACACCAUCAUAUACUGCAUGACACGGAUGGACAUGCAGUUCUACGGCUUCAGCGAAUUGCCUGGUCCUCUGGCGCAUGCCCUCCUUGCGAACUCUUUUAGUCUUUCGGCGCAUCAGCUCACCAACCUCCUCAAUCUCGUUCGGUAUCUGGUCGACAAUUGCCCAGUAACGCUCCGGGAGCAUUUCCUGCCGCCUGUUCUCGCUGCCUGUUGUCAGCAGAUGGACGCCAAGAUCAACUCGGAAUGGGCAAGGAUUCAGCAGCAGCAAGGCGUUCAAACAGGGGGUGAUGCCCUCACUGAAGAAAUGAAGGCUGAAAGUAUCCUUCGGCAGCUGACCUACACGUCCGUUAUGAUGAUUGCAGACUUCUUGGACCCCGCGCGGACGAACAAAGCUGCCGAUUCAUCAACGACUGACGAAGAAGCUGCGAAGCAUCCGACUCUGCGGAGGUUUUGUCUAAAGCAUUCAUCGAUAGUAGAGCCGUUACUGAUGUUCUGUACACACGUCAUUGGUAUGCGCGACAGCAGAUCAUGCGGCAUCAUGCUGCGCGUGUUCCGGUCGAUUGUCCCAGAGUUCACAGUGACGGAGAACAGCCAGCGUACCACGAAUGGGCAUGGUCAUGCGCCUGAGCAAUCGGCUGAAAUCUCCGCCGAAACCGCCUCCGUGAUCCGCGAGUACAUCUCAUCCGAUGUCAUCAAAGCGUGUAUCACUUCUAUCCACGAGCCUUACUUUGUGGAUCUGCAGAAGGAGCUGGCGUCACUGAUGGCAACUAUUAUUGUGUCAUAUGUGCGCCUGACAUCAACUCCAAGGGAUGUUCUGCUGUCGCUGCCAAACAUGAAUUCCAGCGACGUGGAUAGAACCAUUGAGUAUAUGCUCAAAGAGACCACGGGAUCCAGAGCACAGCGCGCUGCCAUCUUGGACUUGCUACGAGACCUCAAAGGUGUCAGCAUCUCUGAAAUGGGCAAGCUGAGCAAGAGUAUCGGGCUGAAUGCAAAGUCGAGCUCGUCUUCCAAGCGAUCCGUCCAACGAACAAAGCUUGCUGCACAGUUCAUGGCGGCUCCAGCCCCGGACAACGGCAGUGGCUUCAAGUCAGGAGGACAGCAAGACGGCGCAGAUAAUCUUGAGGGUCUGGCCAACCUGUUCGAGGGCUGAUCGACACCUUGGGAUCACGAGGCUAAAAGAGCUGCCCAUGUGGCGCAGGUUCCUUUGGAUGGCUUCUGAGCUCCCCAAGAGCGAGCUACCUGCAUGUCCUGGUAUUCGCGCCCAAAUAUCAGGCUCGAUAUGAAUAGAUGAACAUGGCUGCAAAAUAGAGGUGAAUGCCGCGAAUACUAGUCCCAGAUCUUCCACCCCCUAUUAGUGUCUGCUACCAACCUGGACACGAUGAAUAAUGCCAACC